AUGAGAUCGCUGGUGGUGUUUGCUGCUGCCUUGGCGCUGGCCGUCGCCGCGCCGUCGCAGGUGAAGCGCUCCCUCGGGCAUGCUGUCGCCUACACUGUGCCGACUUCGGUGAUCGCCGAGCCCGUGUACACCGGCCCCGCUGUCUACGCCGCCCCUGCGCUGUACACCGCUGGCUCGGCCGUCUCGCACCAAUCGAGGGUGGACGUGCGCACGUCCCCAGCUGUGGUGGCUACACCGACUGUUGUGGAAGCCGCACCAAUUGUCGAGGCGCGCUCCGUGUACUCUGCGCCACUGUACGCCGCUCCUGCCGCCGUGUCCCACCAGUCCCGCUAUGACGUUCGCACGUCGCCAGCGAUCGUCAGCGAGCAUGUGGUAGCCCCAACCGUGGUAAAGCAGGAGCUGGUCGCCGCACCCGCCGUGGUCGACGCCCGCUCAGUCUGGACACCGACGGUCUACGCCAGCACCUGG